CAGCGGAACCAUGAGCGAGGCUAGUCCGGCGGAGCGAUGUGGGGCGCUCAUUACUUGGCUGCAGAUAUUCAGUGUUCCUUCUCCUUGUGCCAUGGAACAGGAUUUGGCCAGCGGGGUCACCAUUGCCCAGGUGCUGCACAAGAUAGAUCCCUCUUGGUUCAAUGAAACGUGGCUCCUACGGAUUAAAGAUGAUGCUGGUGACAACUGGAGGCUGAAGAUGAGCAACCUGAAGAAGGUCCUUCAGAGUGUAGUUGAAUACUCCCAGGAUGUGUUGGGCCACCAAGUCCCUGAGCAUCUAUUGCCAGAUGUGGCUCUGGUUGCAGAGCUUUCUGACACAGCUGAACUGGGCAAGUUGCUACAGCUGGUGUUAGGUUGUGCCAUCAGCUGUGAGAGGAAGCAAGAUCAUAUCCAGCAAAUCAUGACCCUAGAGGAGUCUGUACAGCAUGUUGUUAUGACGGCAAUACAGGAGCUGUUGACCAAAGAUUCUUCGGACACACUGAGCUCUGAGACAUAUGGGAACUUUGACAGCCAGUCCCGGAAAUAUUACUUCCUCAGCGAUGAUCUUGAAGAGACGGAUGACACGCGGCAGCGCUGUCAUGAGCUAGAGCAGCAGAUCUCCCUCCUGGUGGAAGAGAAGAAUACGCUGGUGCUGGAGAACAAGACCCUGCGGGAUCAGAAAAGCUCUUUGGAGUCAGAUGCUGCUGGCCUUGCUGGCAAGAAGUUGCUACUGCUUCAGACCCAGAUAGAGCAGCUGCAGGAAGAGAACUUCAGGCUGGAAAGUGGCAGAGAUGACUUCCGAGCCCGCUGUGAAGAUCUAGAGAGGGAGGUGCAAGAGUUGCAGCACCGUAAUGAGGAGCUGACUAGUCUGGCCGAGGAAGCACAAGCACUGAAAGAUGAAAUGGACGUGCUGCGCCACUCAUCAGACAGGGUGGGACGGCUGGAGGCCAUGGUGGACUCCUACAAGAAGAAGCUAGAAGACCUGGGUGACCUGCGACGACAGGUUCGACUGCUCGAGGAGCGGAACACAGUCUAUAUGCAGCGCACCUGUGAGCUGGAGGAGGAGUUGCGCCGUGCUAAUGCUGUGCGCACACAACUGGAGGCACAUAAGAGGCAGGUGCAGGAGCUCCACAGCAAGCAUGCAGACGAAGCCUUGAAGGCAGAAAAGUGGCAGUUUGAAUUCAGGAACCUCAAGGAAAAGUUUGAGGCAGUGGUAAAAGAGAAAGAGAGGCUGAUUGAAGAACGGGAUGCCCUCCGAGAGGCCAAUGAAGAGCUGCGAUGUGCUCAGGUGCAGCAAAAAUUCCUGAACCAAGCUGAUCCCAUGCUGGAAGAAAUUGCUUCUCCUGUGGACAACUUGGCUGCUGAGAUCAUGCCAGCAGAACUCAAGGAGACCAUUGUGAGGCUGCAGCACGAGAACAAGAUGCUGUGCGCACAGGAGCUGUCAUACCGAAUGCAGCAAGCUGAGCUGCAGGUGUUGCUGGAAGAAGCAAACCGGACUAAGAACCAGCUGGAGGCCCAGCAAAGACUGAGUCAGCAGCAAGUGUUGGAGCUCAAAGCACAAGUGGAAGAGCUCCAGAGGGCCCUUCAGGAGCAAGGAAGCAAGGCAGAGGAUGCCAUUUCUUCUCUGCUGCAGAAGAAGCUGGAGGAGCACCUAGAAAAAUUGCAUGAGGCCCAUGCAGAGCUGCAGAAGAAAAAAGAAUGUCUUGAUGAACUGGAGCCCAAAGUGGAUAGCACUACUGCUAAGAAGAUUGAUGAACUACAGCAGUCUCUGAAAAAGAAGGACGAGGACAUGAGAGCCAUGGAGGAGCGAUACAAGCGCUAUAUGGACAAGGCUUGCACAGUCAUCAAAAAACUGGAUCCCAAGCAGCAGCCUCAUGUCGCUCCCCUAGAGAUCCAGGCUCUCAAAAACCAGCUGCAGGAAAAAGAUAAGAAGAUAACCCAUUUGGAGACUGAUUUUGAGAAGACAAAAUCUCGACAGGAACAAGAAGAAAAACUCAUAAUUUCUGCCUGGUAUAACAUGGGCCUGGCACUACACCAGCGAGCCACAGAGGAGCGGUCAUACACCUCUACAAGUGUUCAGUCCUUCUUGGCGCAGCAAAGAUUGGCUACCAAUGCUCGACGAAGCCACCUAAGCAGGGCCCAGCCCUUGCUGCUCCGAUACACUGGCCCUGACAAGGCUUCUCAGUUGUCCUGAUCUGGUUUAGCUGUCCUAGGGCUCUUUGGGUGAAUGUUUGCUUUGGGCUCAGUGUUCAAAACGGGUAUAACCUGUGUCUCUUGCAGCAGCAUCUCCUUGGGGAAAGUCAAGUGUCCAUUUUACUGCUGGAAUUAAUUCUCUGCUGCUUAAAAUUCCUCCUAUGCCAAGCCAUGGUGUUUGGGGGUGUGCAUUGAAGAGUCAUGAGCGGCAGAGGUUGAAUCUUCCCUAGUGGAUACAUACCUGCCUACUCCCACUCCCACCAGAAUUUGGGUCUGUGGAGGACAAAAAAAGUGCCCUGGUUGAUGGGAAGUGCCCUUCAUUGCCACUCCUUACCUGUCUCUCCUGAUGUUCUGGUUCACAGAUGGCUUGUGUAUCUUAAUAUUUUAAACUACUCCUUCCCUGAGGAUCUCAUCUUUGUGGGCCAGCCAAGGAUGUCCUUGACUGCUGCAACCCCCCCCUCCAUGGAAUCUGUGAGGGUACCUCCAGGUGUUGGUGAUUAGUGUGUAAAGACGUGGCUACUCUGAUUUCAGUCUCAUGUGCAGCUUCAAAGGUAGCACCUGCCUCUUUUCCCUUCCACAUUUUUAACUCCAGCCACCUGCAGUGUCUGAGCCACCUCUGCCAGAACUUUGUCUUGGUGGCCUAUGGCUCCCUUCCAAGAAGGGACUGGGCCUUGAAAAAACAAUCAACACUGAACUGACGUAAGGAAUGAUGAGAGCUUGUAGUCCUAUCCAUUAAUAGGUUGUGUACGUAUUGUCUUCCCAGCAAUAUUUUGAGUAUGUUGGGUUUUUUUCCUUUUUCCGAGUGUGUCUAUUUUUCCAGUUAGUAUGCAAUCCCUUUUUGGAUUAUGUUCCCAUUCUGGUGGGAACUGUGAGAUGCAGUAUCCUUUUUAAACAUGUUCUUUAAAAGUUUUGAUUUUUUUAGUUAAAAAAUCAUAGUUUUAAUGCUGUAAAUUAUAUGUUUUGAAAUUAUAUGUUUUGUAAAGCUAUCUUACCAGUCCAAGCAGGCAUCUCUCUUAUUUUUCUACUGGAUAGACACCUGGCUUACAAUGAU